AUGAGCGAACAAGAUAUCAAGUCUAGCGUUAUGGAUAGUAUUUCCAAGUUUACGGAUCUCAUUAAGGCUAUUCGUAGACCUCCUCCACCUGAACCAGGUGAUGGUGUAUUAGACAAACCUCUCACUAGUUCAGAAGUUAGCGGUAGCUUCAUCAAGGAUAUCGAAGCCUUGGGAAUCAAAGAAUCCGUCGAAGAUAUCGUUUUUACCCUCAAAUUGCUCGCCUUGCGUAAUAAACCGUUGGAUGACUCCCAAUUCCAGUUGGAAAAGAUAGUGCAGAUUAUGUCAAAACUUCCAUCAAACAGUAAUCUCUUACGUGAAAUUGAGAAACUUUUAAUAUCGGUUCUAUGGUCAGAUAUUUCCAAACCACCGAACAUGUGGGCAAAUGACUUUUAUCGUUCAGCAGAUGGUUCAAAUAAUUCACGCGCAUUCCCUGAGAUGGGAAAAUCCAAUUCAUAUUAUACAAGAAAUGUGCGUAUCGAGCGCCCACAGCUUUUGAAUGUUCCCGAUCCGGGAACUUUAUUUGACACUUUAAUGGUUCGAAAAAAAUUCAAACCUCAUCCUUCAUCAAUUAGUUCAAUGUUAUUUUACCUGGCAACUAUUAUCACACACGACCUUUUUGAUUCUUCACCGAAAGAUCCAUACAUAAAUCAAACAUCAUCUUACUUGGACUUGACACCACUUUAUGGUAGAAACUUGGAAGAACAAAUGAGCGUCAGACAGGGACGCCUUGGUCUUUUGAAACCUGAUACUUUUGCUGACAGAAGAAUCAUUAUACAACCUCCCGGUGUUUGCUGUUUAUUGGUUCUAUUCUCGCGUAACCACAACUAUAUAGCUAAACGUCUAUUACAAAUUAAUGAAAAUGAACGAUUCAGUGUUAAAGAUCCAAACGACCCAGAGGAACUCAAAAUUCAAGACGAGAAUCUAUUCCAAACAGCAAGAUUGGUCAAUGGCGGCCUCUAUCUCCAUACCAUUCUUCAUGAUUACUUGCAUACUAUCCUUGGUCUUAAUAAGACUAAAUCCGACUGGUACCUCGAUCCUACUAAAACUUUUCCAAAGGACACCUUGACUAACCCGAUUCCAACUGGCUUGGGUAAUCAGAUAUCUCUUGAAUUUAACUACAUCUACAGAUGGCAUCCAGCAAUCUCCGAAGAUGAUCACAAAUGGAUUGACGACCAGUUUAAGAGGAUAUUAGGUAAAGAUUACCCUAAGGAAGGGGAAGAGGUAUCUGUUUCGGUAUUCACAAGUAAAUUGAAGGAAUGGCGUGAAGCGUUACCAAAAGAACCGGAAAAACGAACCUUUGGCGGUUUGGAACGUAUUAAGGAAGGAGAACUUAAAGGUACUUUCCGUGAUACUGAUCUAGUCAAGGAAUUAGUACAUGCCACAGAUCAAGUAGCAGGUGCAUUUGGAGCUAAUGGAGUUCCAAAAAUACUCCGUGUGAUUGAAAUCCUUGGAAUUAAAUCGGCUCGUAAAAUGGGUGUUUGUAGUUUAAACGAAUUGCGUCGUUUCCUCAAUUUGGAACCUUACAAAUCUUUUGAAGACAUGAACCCCGACGAAGAAGUUGCUAAAAGUCUUCGCUUACUCUAUGGCCAUGUCGAUAAU